CUUCACAUUUAUGUUGUUUUAAUAUACAUACAUAUAUAUUUCUUGGCAUUUCUUGCAGAUGAAUCUUUGCUACAUGUUCUGAACAGAGUUACAGAGAACAUGGGACCAAUGGGAGGAGCAAAGAUGGAAGGGAACCAGACAGGCCUAUCUAAAAUGGAGCUAUAUGCCAGAAUGAACUUAUUGGGCUUCACCAUACCCUACAGUGAUCUCCCUGCUGACUCUGAACGAGGGCUGAAGGACAGCACCAAGAUGGUGGAGGUGCAGAUCAUCCUCAUCUGUGCCUACAGUACUAUUAUCUUGCUAGGGCUGUUGGGCAACACACUGGUGAUUCAUGUAGUGAUCAAGUUCAAGAGCAUGCGUACUGUAACUAAUUUCUUCAUUGCCAACUUGGCUGUGGCUGAUCUGCUGGUGAAUACACUUUGCCUGCCUUUUACCUUGAUUUAUACAUUGCAGGGGGAAUGGAAGCUUGGUCCAGUACUGUGUUACCUUGUGCCUUAUGCCCAAGGUCUUGCUGUGCAGGUUUCUAUAGUUACUUUGACUGUGAUAGCCUUGGAUCGGCACCGGUGCAUUGUGUAUCACUUGGAGAGCAAGAUUUCUAAGCAAAUCAGCUUCCUGAUCAUUGGGGUGGUCUGGGCUGGCAGUGCUCUGUUGGCAAGUCCCUUGGCCAUCUUCCGAGAGUAUUUCUCCAUUGACAUCAGUCAGGAUGUCAAGAUGGUGGUCUGUGCAGAAAGCUGGCAGAGAGAAGGGAAAGUGAAUUAUGGCACUAUCUACAGCGUCUCAAUGCUCCUGAUCCAAUAUGUCUUGCCUCUGGUGAUCAUCAGCUAUGCCUACAUCCGAAUUUGGAGUAAGCUAAAGAAUCACAUCAGUCCUGGGUCAGGGAAUGAUCACUACCAUCAGAGACGUCAGAAGACCACCAAGAUGCUGGUUUGUGUGGUGCUGGUGUUUGCACUCUGCUGGUUGCCUUUUCACAUCUUUCAACUUGUCAGUGACAUUUACAGCAAAGUGUUGGAUCUUGCUGAGUACAAACUGAUCUACACACUCUUUCAUGUCAUUGCGAUGUGCUCAACUUUUGCCAAUCCCAUCCUCUAUGGCUGGAUGAACACCAACUACAGAACAGUUUUCCUGACAACUUUUCAGUGUGAACAGCGGUUGGAUUCUAUCCACCCUGAAGCAUCACCUGCACUUAAAACCAAGAAGAAUCUGGAAGUGAAAGAGAAGCAUUCCAAUGGGUCCCCAUUCUCAGAGCCUACUAAUGUCUAAGAAAACUGGACAAAGAGAGAGGCAGGAUAAGUUAAUGGAGAUGUGCUGUUGAUGUAUGUAGAUCAUAAACUUACAAGUUGGAGGCUGAACUUAGAAAGUAUCUCUUUUCGUAUUUC